AAAACACAUUGUUAAACUAAAAACAGCCAAGUUUUGUUUUAUGUUUGGGACAAAAGUUUUCAAAGCAUGUGUGUUGUUUGUCUGAUCUCAGAAUGCCACAAAUUCAGGGGUUUCAUGGUCAAAGCCUUUUAUUCAUUGUUUAUGUAUUUAUUCAAUUUCUAUAGCCUUUUACACAUCCUUAUAUGUUGAUCUUGCUGGAUAAAGAUCAUUAGUCCAAACAUCAAAAUUGAAUUUUACAGUUGUGAUGCUAAAAUAUUAUUACGAUAAUUUGGGAAUAAGCUAAUUUUGUUAUUUAGCCUUGAUCAAAUGGAAAGAAAUUCACGUACACACCGAUUAAGAUGUAAAUGUAAUCUAAUUUAAAGAAAAGGUAUAUGGUCCUGAUAAUUCAGGUUGGCUCAUGCUACAAGGAUCGUUUUAAUUCUCAUACAUGGCACUUUUUUUUUAAUCCAGAAAAUCUCAUUGCUACCUAUUAGUCAAGGUGAAUUUUUAGUAUUGAGAAUACCAUGUUGGGGAGAAACUCAUAGUUUCUGUGUGUAUUUUAGAAUCCAGGUGAGCUAGCCAGAUGUAGAGGUACCCUCUGUAUUGGUUCUAACCCCCUUCUGAUCCUUUGAAGCACAAUUUGGAUUAAAAAAAAUCUUCGGGAUGUGACUGAAUACUGUAUACCAAGUAUCCCACAAGAGUUACACUGGCAUCGUUGACUGUUAUCUUUUCAACAUCUGCCUAGACUCCAUUUGGAUAGUUAGUGACCUAUGGACUUGGCAAUACAUUAAUAAGUAAUAAGUUCUGCCACUUAAGUUGCAUUUUUAAUGCUUGCUCCCUACCUUUAAUAAAAGACAUUCAGAGAAUUAAAUAUCUCAUGGUGUUAUUGUAGUACACCACCAUUAGGCACCUUUGUAUCUCAGCAGUUAUAAAAGUUAAAUGUUAAAUUUUAUUAUCUCUGAUCUAAUAUAAAUGCAGCAUGAGUCCUUGUGCUGUAGCAUCCACAGACAUGGAGCUAGUUUAUAAAAUAUGUUUAGUUUUUCUCUUUCCUUUUUUUUGCUUUGGAGAAGGCUGGAAAUUUGGCCCUGGUCAAGGGCGUAUUUUCAUCGCAGGUCCUCUUUCUGUUGAGUUAAUGAAUUCAUUAAAUUUCAAGAGUGGAUGUAUGGGAGAACCUAUGCUUUAUUCUGUAGAAGCUCGGCUAGAUUGUCUUUGCCAUCAACAGUCACUCACUUCUUUGUCAUCACACUUUGCCAAGCUCCGGGCAAAAGGUGUGACGCAUUUUAAGGUGGCCUUGCCAUGGUCUCGUAUCCUGCCAGAAAUGAAGGCUCAAAAGCCCAACAAGAGAAACGUGGAAUGCUACCAACAACUUCUCACAACUCUCAAAUAUGCUGAUCUUAAGCCAGUUUUGAUUCUGCAUCAACAUGGUUUGCCGAAAUCUUUAGGCGCUCGGCUUGGAUCUACCACUUUUGCCGAUCUUUUUGCUGAAUAUGCAGACUUUUCAUUUAGGACUUUUGGUGAAUCAGUGGGCACCUGGAUCACUUUCAGCCAUUUGCCUGAAAAUAUCAAGGAAUUACCUCUUGAGGAUCCAAAAGACUUUCCUCUAGAAAUGCUAGUUUCAGCACAUCAAAAAGCUUAUAAAAUCUACCAUGAAAAGCACUCAUUUAAAGAUGGAAAAGUAUCUAUUUCCUUGGACUUUAGUGAUAAUCAGCUGGUUCUUCCAGAAUCAUUCAUAUCUUCAGUUUGGGGCUCUAUAGAUUUUCUGUCCCUCAGCCUACGGUACAACUGUAAGACCGAAGCGAGUAUUGAAAAGAUGCUCAGUGAAAUCAAGCAUCUCAUACAUGAUAAGGAUGUUCUACUCUUUACUCUAAACUUCUCUGGAUGUUCUUCUGUUGAAGAAAACCUACCUACAACAAUGGCUUCCAUUUUCAGUGCCGAAGCACAGGUGAAAGGCUACGAUGUGAACUCCUUCUUAGAAAACUUAGCCGUUCCAAAAGCAAGCUCCCACAAGGAUCCAGCUGUUCAACCAAAGCAGAAGGAAGACUCUACACGAGCUGGGACUCCGCUUUCAACCUAUCAAAAGACUUGGGGAAAAUUUGCUAACCAAACUGAGCUGGAAAGAGACUCUUUUUUGUCAGAUACGUUUCCCAGUGGUUUUCUCUGGGGUACAUCAACAGCAUCCUUUAAUGUUGAAGGAGCCUGGGCAGAAAAUGGGAAAGGAGAGAGUAUCUGGGAUCGAUAUGGACAUCAAGGCCAAAUCCAUAAGAAUCAAACCGCUGACGUUGCCUGUGAUAGUUACCGCAAGGCCGAAUAUGAUAUUUAUCUGCUUAGAGGCCUUCAGCCCAAGAUCUACAAAUUUUCUAUAUCAUGGUCUAGGAUUUUUGCCAAUGGGGACAACAGCCUGAACCCUCAAGGAGUGAAUUACUACAACAAACUCAUUGACAACUUGCUGGAUUCUGGCAUUGAACCCAUGGUGACCUUGUUCCACUGGGACCUUCCUCAAGUGCUGCAGGACUUUGGUGGUUGGCAGAAUGAAAGUAUCAUUGAUGCUUUUGUCAACUACGCAGCUUUCUGCUUUGCCACUUUUGGAGAUCGCGUCAAGCUCUGGAUUACCUUCCAUGAACCCUGGGUCAUUACCUAUGCUGGCUAUGGUACAGGGCAGCAUCCUCCAGGAAUCGUCAGUCCAGGCAUGGCAUCCUAUCAGGUAGCUCAUAUCAUUCUCAAGGCACAUGCUCGAACUUGGCAUGUUUACAACAUGCAGUACCGUUCCCGACAGCAAGGGAAGGUUGGCAUAGUGUUGAACUCUGAUUGGGCUGAACCCCGAAAUCCCGGAUCUCCCCAGGAUUUGAAAGCAGCCGAGCGCUACUUGCAAUUCAUGUUGGGUUGGUUUGCUCACCCAAUAUUUAUUAAUGGUGAUUAUCCAGAGAUCUUGAAAACCCAGAUUGCGGAGACAAUUAAGCAGUGCUCUGUCGACAUUGCCAAGCUCCCCACAUUCAACAGCGAGGAGAAGAAGAUGGUGCAAGGAACAGCUGACUUCUUUGGCCUUUCUCAUUAUACUUCUAGACUUGUUGGCGUUUUGGAUAAUCAAACCUGUAAUUCAGAUUAUGAGACCAUUGGGGGCUUUACCCGGCAUGUGGAUCCUUCUUGGCCGACGACAGCUGCACCUUGGUUGCAUGUUGUUCCCUGGGGGUUGAGGAGAUUGCUGCAUUUUGUGUCUGAAGAAUAUACAAAGAGCAAUAUCCCCAUAUACAUCGCGGCAAACGGUGCACCUAUUGAUGAUGGAGCCGAUUUGAUUAAUGAUACCGCAAGAGUGGAUUACUAUCGUCUCUAUAUCAAUGAGGCUUUAAAAGCUGUAAAGGAAGAUGGUGUGGAUGUUCGGGCAUAUAUUGCCCGAUCAUUGAUUGAUGGCUUCGAAGGCAUGUCAGGUUAUAGUCAAAAAUUUGGCUUCCAUAAUGUGAAUUUUGAAGAUGCCAAUAGACAAAGGACGCCAAGAAAAUCUGCAUAUUUCUUCUCUUCUGUGAUUGAAAAUAAUGGAUUUCCUAAUGCAAGCAUGAUAAAACAUACCCAGCCAUUCAGAAAGCAUUUUUCCAUGUUCUCGAGGUUGCCUAAUUUGUCAGCAUCUGAAGUCCCAUCAAAGGCAAAGAUAGUUUGGGAAAAGUUUUCUGGUCAGACUGAUUUUGAAAGAGACAUGUAUUUUUAUGACACUUUCCCAGAAGAUUUUCUGUGGGGUGUUUCCACUUCGGCCUAUCAGAUUGAAGGAGGCUGGAAUGCAGAUGGGAAAGGGCCUAGCAUAUGGGAUAAUUUUACUCAUGCGUCAGGAAAAAUUAAGAACAAUCACACUGGAGAUAUAGCUUGUGACAGCUACAAUAAAGUAGAUGAAGAUCUUUAUUUAUUGAAAGCCUUAAAGGUGAACAGUUACCGCUUCUCCUUCUCAUGGUCUCGAAUUUUUCCAGAUGGCAGAAACCAAUCUAUAAAUAGUCAUGGGGUUGAUUAUUACAACCGAUUGAUCAAUGGUUUACUGGCUGCAAAUAUUACACCAAUGGUCACUUUAUACCAUUGGGAUCUGCCUCAAGCUCUCCAAGAUAUUGGUGGAUGGGAAAACCCUGAUCUGAUUGAACUGUUUAAUAGUUAUGCCGACUUCUGUUUUCAGACUUUUGGAGAUAGGGUUAAAUUCUGGAUUACUUUCAACGAACCUGUCAUAAUUUCAUGGUUUGGCUAUGACACAGGAGUCCAUCCUCCGAAUGUAGAAAACAAUCCAGGUGAUGCCCUCUAUAAGGUUGGUCAUACAAUACUGAAGGCUCAUGCCAGGGUAUAUCAUACAUAUGACCAGAAGUAUAGGAAAAGCCAGGAAGGUGUAAUUUCCAUAAGUCUCAACAUUGAUUGGGUCGAGCCGAAGACACGGAGAAAUUCCCGCAAUGUAGAAGCAGCAGAUCGGUUCCUCCAGUUCACUGCAGGAUGGUUUGCACAUCCAAUUUUUAAAAACGGUGAUUAUCCAAGUGCCAUGAAAUGGACAGUAGGAAACAGGACUGAUUUACAGAAACUGCCCGUCACCCGCCUUCCCGUUUUCACUGAAGAAGAGAAACAAUUUAUCAGGGGCACAGCAGAUGUCUUCUGCUUAAACUAUUAUACCGCCAGCUUUAUACAGCACAAAACCACCAAGUUGAAACCAUUUUCUUAUGAAACUGACCAAGAACGAGGCCUGGAGAGAGAUUUUUCAUGGCCAACCACAGCCCUGGCAAAUACGCCAGCCGUGCCAUGGGGGCUCCGGAGGCUCCUCAACUGGAUCAAAGAGGAGUACGGCAAUCUACCUAUUUACAUUACCGAAAAUGGAAUUGGAAUAAAAGCUAAGUCAGAUGUUGAUGAUACCAAAAGGAUAUUUUAUUAUAAAACCCACAUUGAUGAAGCUUUGAAAGCCUACAAACUGGAUGGAGUAAAUCUUCGAGGGUUUUUUGCUUGGUCACUUAUGGAUAAUUUUGAAUGGCUGCAUGGUUACGAGCCAAGAUUUGGCCUGCAUCAGGUUGAUUUUGAAAAUCCAAACAGGCCUAGAACCCCUAAGGAGUCUGCUAUAUAUUAUUCAGAAAUCAUACGUAACAACGGAUUCCCGCUGUCAAAAGACGAUGAGUUCCUUUAUGGAGAAUUUCCCAAGAACUUCUAUUGGAGUGUGGCCACAGCAGCAUAUCAGAUCGAAGGAGCUUGGAGAGAGGAUGGGAAAGGCCUCAGUAUUUGGGACCAGUUUGCUCACACGCCUUUGAAAAUCGACAGCGAUGAUAAUGGAGAUGUAGCUUGUGACAGCUAUCACAAAAUAGAGGCAGAUGUGGCUGCUCUGAACGAUAUCAAGGUGACCCACUAUCGUUUUUCAAUUUCCUGGCCUCGCAUUCUCCCAGAUGGGACCACCAAGCAUAUCAAUGAAGCUGGCCUGAAGUACUAUGAAAGACUUGUGGAUGCACUUCUUGCAGCAAAUAUCCAACCUCAGAUAACCCUGUACCACUGGGAUCUCCCUCAGGCCCUCCAGAAUAUUGGAGGGUGGGAAAACGAGACCAUCAUUCCGAAAUUUAAAGAUUACGCAGACCUCGUUUUUCGAAGAUUGGGAGACAAGGUGAAAUUUUGGAUAACUUUAAAUGAGCCUUAUGUCAUUUCCAACCUUGGUCAUGGUUAUGGAGUGUCUGCACCAGGCAUAUCUGGAAGACCUGGUCGUGCCCCUUACAUUGUGGGACACAAUUUGAUCAGGGCACAUGCAGAAGUGUGGCAUCUCUACAAUGAAACCUACCGUCCCAGACAAAAAGGGUUGAUCUCACUUUCCAUCAGUAUCGAGUGGGCCGAACCAAAGAACCCUCACAAACAGGAGGAUUAUGAGGCUGCUGAGAGAUACGUUCAGUUUUUUGCUGGUUGGUUUGCUCAUCCCAUUUUCAAAACCGGCGAUUAUAGUGAUCUGAUGAAAAAGAGGAUACAGGAAAGAAGUUCUGGCAAAUCACGGCUCCCUGAAUUUACUGAAAGUGAAAAGCGAAGAAUUAAAGGCACAUAUGACUAUUUUGGCUUGAAUCAUUAUACCACAAUCCUGGCAUCCAAUUUAAAUUUUCCUGCUUUUAUAACAUCCUAUGAUGCGGAUAGAGGUGUUGCUUCCAUAGUAGACCACAGCUGGCUGGGUUCUGGCUCGUUUUGGUUGAAAGUGACUCCAUUUGGCUUCAGAAGGCUCUUAAAAUGGAUCAAAGAAGAAUACAAUAAUCCACCUAUUUAUGUGACUGAGAAUGGAGUUUCUGAACGUAUAGAUAGAGGCUUAAAUGAUACCUGGCGUAUGCAUUAUUUAAAGAGUUACAUCAACGAAGCAUUAAAAGGAGUUGUAUUUGAUGGUGUUGAUCUCCGAGGUUACACAGUUUGGACUUUGAUGGACAAUUUUGAAUGGGCAGUGGGCUUCUCUGAAAAAUUUGGCCUGUAUUACACCAACUACACAGACCCCAAUCUAACUAGAAUUCCAAAAGAGUCUUCCAAAUAUUACUCAUCUAUUAUCCGCUGUAACGGCUUUCCAGAUCCAGCUAAUGGACCUCAUUUGUGUUUGGAACCACAGCCUGAAGGUACUACUAAACCACCAAUUACAAACACUACUCUGCCACUUACAAGCUCAACAACUACUAAACCACCAAUUACAAACACUACUCUGCCACUUACAAGCUCAACAACUACUAAACCACCAAUUACAAACACUACUCUGCCACUUACAAGCUCAACAGCUACUAAACCACCAAUUACAAACACUACUCUGCCACUUACAAGCCCAACAGGACUGGAAGAUAUCAAGAAAGUGCCAUUUUUGGGACUGGACUUGACUUCAUCUGAGGCUGAAAUAGCUCUUUAUGUUCUAUUUGUCCUAUGCUUGCUGGCUAUACUAGGUUUCGCAGGUUCCCUAUGUGCAUUUAAAAAGGCCAAAAAUAUGAGGAGAUAAUCAGCAUUUUAGUAAUCAGGAACAUGUUUUGCUUUCUCAUCUGAAGACUUUGAGCCAUGCAUAUUUGAAGCUCCCUCUCAUCUAUGAACUUUAAAAGUACAUUAUUUGUACAAGUAUGUAACAAUGUGCAUCAAUUAGGGAUAUCAUUUUGAUUUUUUUUUGCACCCAAGAUAUAAUUCCUUAAGAAUUAUACAAUUUUGGGACAUUGUUUUGCUGUGACUAUGAAGUUCAAACUAACACACUCUUAAUGUAGUGGGAAACACACAUGCACCUGUGCGUAAAAAGUAUUUAAGUGUGUUUCAGAAAAAGAGGGCCAUUUGUUCAGAAUUUCACAACUAAUCAAUGAAAAUUGGUUCUUGUAUGCAAAUGUAAUAAAGAAGAAAAAUAGUUAAUGGCUUCACUACAUUUGCCAAGUUUCGCAAUUAUUUCUGAGAACCAAAUAAUUGUAACAGGUACUAGCUGGAGACCUUUGGGCUUCAUUUACUGUGACAUUAACUUUCUCAAUUCCACAGAAAGCAUAGCUUAAAGUUAACACAUUCACAAUAUCAGUGUUUGCUAUGAUAAAGAUACUGAAUUUUAGCCAGAUAGGUGGUUAGUGAAUUCUGCUUACACUUCGAUGUGAAAAAGGGGCAGAAUUGAAUUGUUUUUCUGUGAAAUCUGUCCAUUCAUAAAACAACCAACCUCAAUCCAAUCAGCCUCCCCCCCCCCCCCCCAAAAAAAAAAAAAAAAAAGCAUGCCUGGAGAAAUUGUAGUCAACAGAUUAUACAAAACGAUAUUUUUGGGGUUAAUGGCUAGUGUUAAUCCAAUCUUUGCCUAUGAUAGCUCUGCAUUUUCAGUGAAGGCCUAAAAAGAACCCUUUUUUUUCCUAUGGGUAGUUUGCCUGCUGUAGCCAGUUCUACAAAUGUCUUUUCUUUCGAUUGUUCUACUGCACUAUACUGCAUGAAAUAAAUAUAUAACAAACAUGACUCUGAAGCACAUUAGCACAAAUGUGGGGUUGAAAAAAGAACUAUAAUUUAUUACUUUUCAAGCAGCAGCACAAGUUAUUAAGACAUUUGGCUUGGACUGAACUUGCUAGCCAUAAUGUCAAGCAUUUAAGGACUUUAAAAUCUCUUCUGAACACCCCUGGAUCAUCUCAAGUCAAAUAAGAGGCAACAAAGAAGGAUGUUGAUAUUGAUCCUGUACCCAAAAAGGUGUAAGAGAAAAACAGGACAUCUAUUUUUGUAUUUUAACAUACUUUAUAUAUGUAAAAAGACUGUGAACUAGAUUGAACUGUGAAUCUGAGUAAUUGUGUUUUUCAUUUUUCUGUUGUACUCUACUUUUCCCUUUGAUUUUUAAAAGGUCUUGAGGCAAGAAACAUUAAAAAUUAAUCUGACCCUUCCUGUAUUUCUGUUGCUAUGUACAAAUAAAUAGUUGAACCAAA